AUGAGGGCCACAGGGCCACCUCCCCAGCCCCUCCGUAGCGCUCCAGCUAAGGCAGUGUCCAGUGUGGGCGACCAUUUUGGGGACCCUCCCCCAAGCACUAGCACCCAGCCGGGUCCCCGUGAGGCAAACUUUCCGCGGGCGGCACCCACCUCCCAUUGGCGGGGACUCCCUGGGCUAUGCAAAUCCCCCCGCUGGGGGCGUGGCCUCUGUGCGGGCAGCGCGGGGAAGCCGCGGGCAGCGCCGCUCCGAGCCCCCCCCCCCCCGCACCCCCCCCACCCGCCGCCAUGUCGCGGCUCCCGGUGCCGGCGUGAGCGCUGCGGGGACGGCCCCCGGGGGGCGAGGGUCCGCGGCCAUGCGGGGCUGCUGCGUGGGGCUGGGCUGCUGCUGCUGCUGCUGGGCGAGUGGCUGGUGCCGCGGGUGGGCGGCGUGGUGCCGCUGGCUGAUUUCUACCCCUUCGGGCCGGCGCAGGGCGACGCCGCCACGCUCAAGCAGGACGACGGCGGCUCCGAGCUGCGGCCCCUCGCCGUGCGCUUCCCCUUCUUCGGAGCGGGGCACACCGGGCUCUACGUGAACAACAACGGGAUCAUCUCCUUCCUGAAGGAGGUCUCCCAGUUCACGCCGGUGGCCUUCCCGAUCUCCAAGGACCGGCGCGUGGUGGCAGCUUUUUGGGCAGACGUGGACAACCGGCGUGCGGGCGAUGUGUAUUACCGGGAGAGCCGAGACCAGGCCAUCCUGGAGCGGGCCACCAGGGACAUCGCGCAGUAUUUCCCCGAGUUCCCCGACUUCUCCGCGCAGUGGGUGUUCAUCGCCACCUGGUACCGGGUCACCUUCUUCGGGGGAAGCUCGUUUUCACCGGUAAACACUUUCCAGAUCGUCCUCAUCACGGACGGCAAGCUGUCCUUCACCAUCUUCAACUAUGAGUCCAUCACCUGGACCACGGGUAUGCACGCCAGCAGUGGGGGGGACUUUGCUGGGCUUGGCGGCAUCGCAGCGCAGGCAGGUUUUAACGCCGGUGAUGGAAAGCGCUACUUCAACAUCCCUGGAUCCCGCACCGAUGACAUCGCUGACGUGGAGAUGACGACAAAUGUGGGUAUCCCCGGGCGCUGGGUGUUCAGAAUCGAUGAUGCCCAGGUGCAAGUGGGGGGCUGCAGCAAUACAACCUCCGUGUGCCUGACGCUGCGGCCCUGCCUCAACGGGGGGAAGUGCAUUGAGGACUGCAUCACCGGGAACCCCUCCUACACCUGCUCCUGCCUCGCGGGCUUCACGGGGAAGAGGUGCCACGUCGACGUGGACGAGUGUCUCUCCCACCCGUGCCAGAACGGAGCCACCUGCAUCAAUGGUGUCAACAGCUUCAGCUGCCAGUGCCUGCCAGGCUUCAGAGGAGCCAGCUGUGAGACGGAGGAGUUGCCGUGCGAGACCAAGGUGUGCCAGAACGGCGGGACGUGCCAAGAGGCAAACGGGACGGCGGCAUGCGUGUGCCAGCCGGGGUACGCGGGAGGAGACUGCGAGACAGAGGUGAACGAAUGCGAGUCCAGCCCUUGCCUGAACGGAGGGCACUGCGUCGACCUGGUUGAUAACUACACCUGCGUGUGCCUGGAGCCCUUCGUGGGACAGCGCUGCGAGACAGACCCCUCUUCCUGCGAGGACCGGAGCUGCAGGAACCGUCAGACGUGCAACUACAUCCGCCCGGGACGCUACAUCUGCACGUGCUCCCCGGGCUAUUACGGCAACAACUGCCAGUACGGUGGCCCCCGGGUACCCGGCGCCUGCCUCUCCAGCCCCUGCCAGAACGGGGGCAGCUGCCUGGAGCUGGAGCAGGGCUAUGCCUGCGACUGCCAGGAGGGCUACGGCGGGCAGGACUGCCGCGACAAGCUCUCUGAGGGCUGCGAGUGUCGGAACGGAGGCAGCUGCCUGGAGGGGAACGUCACCAUCUGCCAGUGCCUGCCGGGGUAUUUCGGUCUCCUCUGUGAAUUCGAGGUGACCGCCACGCCGUGCAACGUCAACACGCAGUGCCCAGACGGCGGCUACUGCAUGGAGUACGGCGGGAGCUACCUGUGCGUGUGCCACACCGACUACGGCACCAACCACACGGUACCUUCCCCCUGCGACUCCGAGCCCUGCCUGAACGGGGGGUCCUGCGAGGCUCAGGACGACUCCUACACCUGCGAGUGUCCCCCGGGCUUCCUGGGGAAGCACUGCGAGAGAGCCCGGCCACGGCUCUGCAGCACGGCGCCGUGCCGCAACGGGGGCACCUGCAAGGAGUCGGAUGGCGAGUACCACUGCUCCUGCCCCUACCGCUUCACCGGGCGGCACUGUGAGAUAGGUAAGCCGGACCCCUGCGCCUCGGGGCCGUGCCAGAACGGGGGCACCUGCUUCCACUACAUCGGCAAGUACAAGUGCGACUGCGCCCCGGGCUACGCCGGACGGCACUGCGAGAUCGUGCCGUCUCCCUGCUUUCUGAGCCCGUGUGAGAACGGUGCCACCUGCGAGGACCUCGGCGGGGACUUUGUGUGCACGUGCCCCGUGGGCUACACCGGGAAGCACUGCCAGACGGAGAUCGACUGCGGCGUGCCCAGCGCGGUGAAGCACGCCCAGGCCUCCUUCAACUCCACCACGGUGGGCUCGCUGGCUGAAUACCGCUGCGAGCUGGGCUAUGCCCUCAGCCAGCACAACAGCCCCCGUGUCUGCCGCUCGCAGGGCGUCUGGAGCGACCCCCCCGAAUGCGAUGAGAUCGACGAGUGCCGCUCCCAGCCUUGCCUGAACGGCGGUCAGUGCAAGGACCGCAUCGCUGAGUUCCUGUGCGUGUGUGAGCCAGGAUACGUGGGCCACCACUGUGAGUUGGAAGUUGAUGAAUGCCAGUCAGAGCCCUGCAAGAACGGCGGGACCUGCCGGGACCUCCCAGGCUCUUUUGUUUGCUUCUGUCCCGAGGGCUUCGUGGGGAUCCAGUGUGAGGAAGAAGUGGAUGCCUGCGAGUCUGGCCCGUGCCAAAACGGAGGGGAGUGCGAAGGCUACCGAGGCUCCUACCUGUGUGUGUGCCCGGAGGGUUUCUUCGGCUACCAUUGCGAGACAGCCAGCGACCCGUGCUUCUCCAGCCCGUGUGGGAGCCGAGGCUACUGCCUGCCCAGCAAUGGCACCCACAGCUGCACCUGCAAAGUGAGCUACACAGGCAAGAGCUGCGAAAAAGAAUUGCUGCCACCAACCUCAUUAAAGGUGGAAAGGGUGGAGGACACUGGUGUGUUGAUUUCUUGGCACCCGCCUGAGGACGCAGCCGCCAGGCAACUCAUUGACGGCUACGCCGUGACGUACGUAUCCUUCGACGGCUCUUACCGCAGGACAGAUUUUGUGGACCGAAGUCGUUCUGCCCACCAAUUGCGGGCACUAGCCUCCGGCAGAGCCUACAAUAUUUCUGUCUUUUCAGUCAAACGCAACGUGAACAACAAGAAUGAUAUCAGCAGGCCUGUCAUGCUCACCACGCGCACUAGACCGCGUCCGGUGGAAGGCUUUGAGAUCACGAACGUGACGGCCAGCACCAUCACGGUGCAAUGGGCUCUCCACCGGCUCAAGCACUCCACUGUCAGUAGGGUGCGUGUCUCCAUCCGCCAGCCUGGGGACCUGGAAGACCGCACGGUGGAGCUGAACAGCAGCGUGGCCAAGUACACCUUCCUGGACCUGCAGCCAGGAGAGCGCUACAUCGUCCACGUCACCACGCUGAGCGGCCUGGGGACAGAAGAUCACCCCUCGGAGAGCCUGGCCACGGCUCCCUUCCACGUCUGGACGAGGCCUCUCCCCCCUCGCAACCUCACCGCCUCGCGCGUCACCCCCACCUCCGUGUCCGUGACGUGGGAGCAGCCGCCCGCUGGCGCCGUGGAGGGGUACAUCAUCAACGUCACCACCCUGCAGAGCGUCAAGAGCCGCUACGUGCCCAACGGCAAGCUCGCCUCCUACACCGUGCGGGACCUGCUGCCCGCGCAGCGCUACCGCCUCUCCGUGACGGCCGUGCAGAACACGGAGCAGGGGCAGGUGCACAGCGAGCCCAUCCACCUCUACGUCACCACCCUGCAGAGGGAUGGGGCUCCGGAGAGGCGCUGGAGCCAGGCUGGACACCCCCGGGUGCUGCGCAACAGGCUGCCCCCAGCCUUCCUGCCUGAACUCCGCUUGCUCGCAGACCACGACACGGCUGAGGAGCCCUCCCCAGCCCCCAGGUUCACCGAGCUGGUGGAUGGCAGAGGGAGGAUCAGCGCCAGGUUCGGCACUGCGCUGAGCAGAUCCAUCACCGUGAAGACACAGCCAGAGGCUCCUGUGAAGCUGGAGAACAUCGAGGAGCCCGGCCGGGGCAGUCUGGCGCUGCAGCUGCACGAGGCAUGGAGCAAAAGAACGGGGCAGAACUGCUCUGCAAACCCCUGCAAGAACGGAGGCACCUGUGUGAGCGAGAGCGAGUCCUACCACUGCGACUGCAGCCCGGGCUUCAAGGGCAGGCACUGCGAGCUGGCCUGCAAGAAGGUGCCACACUCGUGCACGCGGCUGUACUCGGAAACCAAGUCAUUCCCCGUGUGGGAAGGAGGCACCUGCCACUACCUGUACAAGAGAGUCUACAAGGUACACCAGGAUGUCUGCUACAAGGAGAGCUGCGAGAGCACCGGUUCCAAGAAGCCAAGCAGCAGAAAACAAAGCGACAGUCACACACUGAAGAAGCCAUAGAGGUUCAAAGCAGUAGGAGCUUCGUCUUUCCACACCUAAGGGCUUUUGAAACACCAGGAAGAUCAGAUCCGCUCACUGGGUUGAACGCAGCAGGGGGGGGACCCUUCCUGCCUGGCGUCAGCCCCUCCCUCUCCUCCAGCCCGUUAGGGACACGCAGCCAGAUCAGCACCCGAGCGAGCGGCGCCCCCUUCUCCCUGCCGGACCAGCAGUGCCUUCGCCCUGCCUUGCCUUGCUGCAGGUGCCCCCCUGCCCCAAGGAGCCGAGCGGGGUGCUGCAGCAGCCAGCUGCCUGCCCCCAGGGGGCCUGGCCCCACUCGGCCCCCCCAGCCCUGAGCUCCCGGCUCUGCGAGCCCAGUUCCCUUCCACCAGCACCCGCACCACCCUGCUUUCGUAACCCAGGGUGCUGCGUUAUGUAUAACCCCCAAAGAAACCAGUUUACUGCAGACCAGAAGGCCUUAGCUAUCACCUGAAACCUGGCCUGCAGCCGGGUGGGGAGGUCUUCCCUACGUGUUCCCUAUGAGUUAGAAAUUGUGAGCCACUGCCCCGAGCAGCGAGGCAGGAGCAGGCAGUGGAGGCACAGCCCCGUACUGUAGCUGGGGGAGAGGGGAGAGUUAAGGCAGCUUCCCCUGCCUUCAUUUUUUUUUUGUUGUUGUUUUGCUUUGUAAACGAGCCACGGUUUUAACCAAAUUCCCAGCUCAGAAUGUCAUAGAGCACCUAGAAGUUACUAAAAAGCAAUCUGUAGAGCUAAGAUUGUCAGCCAGGGUGUGCCACCACGCUCGUUCUGGUGCUACGCGGCGCAGGGCACAGCAGCAGCCUGGCUGUCCCCGCAUCGCCCUGCGGUGCCGCUGCCACCACGGUGCCGUUAGUGGCCCUGCAGCGGCCGCCCUGCUGGCUGCCACAGAGCAGGCAAGGAAAAGUUUAGCUUAGAAACAUUCCUAGUUUUUUUUUUGUGUGUGUUUGUAUGACAACGCUAGUUAAACAUAGAUUUGUGUAUUAACAUACACAGUGUAUAUUAUAAAUUAAUACAUACCAGAGAUAUAUCGUAGCUAUGGUAUAGAGUGUUAUUUCCCGAGCAGCGGAGGGGGUGUCCCAGUGGGGCAGCCCCCCAGGGAGCAUCACAGGCACCUCUGCUGUUGGACCACGCGUAGCCUUGAGGGUGUUCCCAGCGCAGAACCAGCUCAGGAGCUUCAGCGCUGCCGGCAGCGUCCUCUUCCCUCCUGCACGCUGCCUCAGUGCAGCAGCCCAGUGCUGGACAAUGCCCUGUGAGGCCGUGAGCAGGGGGGCAGGGUGAGGCUUCCACCAGCACUGGGGCUGGCUCUUCUGCCCCCAGAGAAUCGGAUUCACAGAGAGAGAGAGCACCCUAAUUUUUUUUUUGCUGAGGCUGCCUGAUGCUGCUCCCUGGAUCUGUGCUCCUGGGAUGUGGUGGGGUGAGCGCAGGAGUCCCGGACAUCCCUGGUGUGGGAGGAAAAGCUGCCCCUUACCUACAAGUGAGAACACCAGAGCAGCCUGUGCCAGCCCCAAGGAUGUGGGGCCGGAGCCUUCUCUUCACUCUGGGGCUAUGGGCAGAGUGUUUGCUCCCCUGCCACCAGCUGCGAAGGGGGCAGCCCAAGGAUCCUCCCUGCAGUGAUGCAAAGCGCAGCCUCCCCCCAUCCAGCACAGUAUGUAACAGCCAAAAGGAUUUAACCUUGUCUUUGAAAUAAAUUAGUUAUUUUGG